GCACCAGUGGAUCCCAGUGUGAGCAGCAGCGGCGGCGGCGACUGUAGUUUCUCAAUAACAGUCGGUCUCUACGAGCUUCUUCACAACACGACCUUUAAAAAGCUGCGCUUCGUCCACAGCCUGUCCACACACCCUGACAGCGGGACAGGACUGGGAGACAUUUCCCCUUCCGCUUCUGUCUAAUUUGUCCUGUGAAUUCAGGCCAGACUUGACCUGUCGCGCAUUAUUAUCCCCCCGCUCCACCUUUCGGGUUUUUUUGUGUCUCUCUUUCUCCCCGCAGCUGAAAACAGGCUCGUGUUCGAGGGGGUGAAAACAAAUUAAAAGAAGGGAAAACAAACCAGACUUUCCGAGGAGAGGAUGUGGAGAAGGAGGGUGUUGUGAAGUGAGCGACGAUGAGGACUAUAAUCUGGGAAACUAAGAGCAGUGAGGUGAGCUCCUGGUUUGCGGAUUCAACCUGCACGGUCAUCGAGGUGACGGCGAACAUCCACGGGGAGAAAAGGCGAGGAGACAACAAGUUUCACUCGUGGAGGCUGUGAACUGACUGACAGACAAGAGGAGGUGCGGCGUGAGAGCAGCUGCGACACCCCGCUUUGUCCCCCACUGUUGUUGUCGGUCCUCACUUUCCACCAAACGAACACAAAGUUGGACCAUACGGGAGAAGUUUCCAGCGUGUCCGCUCAAACCCGCGGACAACUGCACUGUGGGGACCACACCAGGUUCAGACUCUUGUGUGGAGACCACACCGGGUUCAGGGUUCUGCGCGGAAGACCACACCAGGCUCUGCAUGAGGCUACACGUGAACUCAAGUCCACUUUAGAUGCGGACUGGUUUCCGGGCAGUGAGUGCACCGCCGAGCCGCCAGUGCCACUUGAUUUCUAAUUCAAGCCAAAUCAAAGACAGUCGGUUUAUUCGGCUUAUUCGGUUUAUUCCAACAUGGAGCUGACACACCAGAGCAUCGUCAUGCUGCUGGCCUGCGUGUUCCAGAGCUGGGUUUCUGCAGAGGAAGAGGUCCUGAUGAACACUAAGACAGAGACGUCAGAUCUGAAGUGGACCAUCUAUUCACGUACCAAACCUGAGUGGGAGGAAGUCAGUGGUUUAGACGACGAGAACAACAGCGUGAGGACCUAUCAGAUCUGCCAGACCGACAGUUCUUCCAGCCACUGGCUUCGCAGCGACUUCAUCCAGCGGCGAGGAGCGUCUCAGGUUUACGUGGAGCUGCGCUUCACCAUGAUGGAGUGUUCUUCCAGAAGCACCCACCACCGCAGCUGUAAGGAGACCUUUAACCUCUACUACUUCCAGGCUGACUCUAACGACGCCACGGCCACCUACCCACCGUGGAUGGAGAACCCGUACACCAAGGUGGACACAGUGGCUGCAGACUUUCUCCUGAGGAAGGGUGGGGAGCGGAAAUUUAAUGUGAAGACCUUAAGACUGGGCCCUCUGUCUAUGAGGGGCUUCUACUUGGCCUUUCAGGCUCAGGGUGCCUGCAUGGCCUUGCUAUCCGUCAGGGUGUUCUUCAAAAAGUGCCCUCCCCUGGUCAGUGCUCUUUCCUCGUUCCCCGAGACAAUACCCCGCACUUUAGUGCAAGAGGCGCAGGGUGUGUGUGUGGACCGUGCGGCCCAGCAGGGUCCCCGACCUCGCCCACCUAAGCUCUUUUGUGGGGAGGACGGCCAGUGGGUGGGUCAGCCUACAACCUCCUGUGCCUGCCUGCUGGGAUAUGAACCUGCUGAGGGACACACGCGAUGCACAGCGUGUUCCGUGGGUCAGUUCAAGCCGGGCUCAGAGGGACAGUGCACGGCGUGUCCCAGAUUCAGCCACGCCACCGCCACAGGGCUGUCAGUGUGUACAUGUCAAUCUGGAUACCUGCGUGCAGAAUCGGACACUCCCAACACCCCCUGCACAAAACCUCCGUCGGCCCCGCGCACCAUCAGUUCCCAAAUCAAUGACACCACUCUCGUUUUGGAGUGGAACGAGCCCCUGGACAACGGCGGCAGAACCGACCUGAGCUACACUGUCAAGUGCUCCGUGUGCGGCUCAUCCAAGGGGCCGUGCCCUCCGUGCGGGGACAGUGUCAGCUACCGGCCGGCACAGCAGGGCCUUCUGGGUCGGCGGGUGGAGGUGUGGGGCCUCCUGCCUCACACCACCUACACCUUCACUGUCCAGGCGCUCAACGGUGUGUCCCAAUUCAGCGGCAAGGAGCCUGGCAGUGACAGUGUCAACAUCACCUCAAACCAUGAUGUGCCGUCUUUGGUGUCCGUGAUCCGAAAGAGCGACUCGACAGAGAGCAGUCUGACUCUGCACUGGUCAGUCCCAGCUCAGCAGCCCUACACCAUCCUGCAGUAUCAGCUGCGCUACUGUGAGAAGGAGCGACGCAGUGAGGAUCAGUGCCACUACAGGGAGAGUAACAGAAACCAGGCUGUGCUGACAGAUCUCCGUAGGGCCACUCAGUAUGAAGUGCAGGUGCGGGUGCGCACCGUGGCUGGUUACGGCAGCUUCAGUCCUGCAGCUGUCUUUCGCACCCUGCCUGACGGACACGACUCAGCCUCCCAGUUCUUGGUCCCUGGGGUCCUGAUCGGAGUCGGGAUGCUGCUGCUGGUCCUCUUCGUCUUUGUGGCCGCUUACUGCAUACGCAGACACAGCCAGAUAAAGGACCCAGAGCUGAGUGACAAAAACAGCCAGUACCUAGUUGGCCAAGGGGUCAAGGUUUAUAUCGACCCCUUCACCUAUGAGGACCCAAAUGAGGCAGUGAGAGAAUUUGCCAAGGAAAUCGAUGUUUCCUUUGUCAAGAUUGAGGAGGUUAUCGGUGCUGGAGAGUUUGGGGAGGUGUGCCGAGGACGACUGAGGGUCCCUGGGAAGAAAGAAAACUACGUAGCAAUAAAAACCCUGAAGGGAGGCUAUACUGAGAAGCAGAGACGUGACUUUCUCUCCGAGGCGUCCAUCAUGGGACAGUUCCAGCACCCCAACAUCAUCCACCUGGAGGGAAUCAUCACAGCCAGCUGUCCAGUCAUGAUCCUCACAGAGUUCAUGGAGAACGGAGCGCUCGACUCUUUUCUGCGGCUGAACGACAGCCAGUUCACACCCAUCCAGCUGGUGGGGAUGCUGCGCGGCAUCGCCUCUGGCAUGAAGUACCUGGCUGAGAUGAGUUACGUCCACCGAGACCUGGCCGCGCGCAACAUCCUGAUCAACAGCAACCUGGUGUGCAAGGUGUCUGACUUUGGCUUGUCCCGCUUCCUGCAGGAGAAUUCCUCUGACCCGACCUACACCAGCUCUCUGGGAGGCAAGAUCCCAAUCCGCUGGACGGCACCGGAGGCGAUCGCCUUCAGAAAGUUUACCUCUGCCUCAGAUGUGUGGAGCUAUGGCAUUGUCAUGUGGGAGGUCAUGUCUUUUGGAGAGAGACCCUACUGGGACAUGAGCAACCAGGAUGUAAUCAAUGCCAUAGAGCAGGAUUACCGGCUGCCUCCACCCCCCGACUGCCCCACCCACCUGCACCAGCUGAUGUUGGACUGCUGGCAGAAGGACCGCUCAGCACGUCCUCGCUUCACGGACCUAGUCAGCGCUCUGGACAAGCUCAUCCGCAAUCCUGCAUCCCUGAAAAUAGUUGCCCAAGAAGGAGCAGGGCCGUCCUACAGCCUGCUGGACCAGCGCACACCUCCCGCUCUCUCGUCGUGCUCGUCAGUAGGCGAGUGGCUGAGGGCCAUCAAGAUGGAGCGCUACGAGGACAGCUUCCUGCAGGCUGGCCUCAGCUCUGUGGAACAGCUGGCCCAGAUCACCACACAGGAUCUCCUGCACAUGGGAGUGACUUUGGCCGGGCAUCAGAGGAAAAUUCUUUCCAGCGUCCAAACAAUGACCUUUGGGAACAAGAGCACUGCAACCGUGACCUUCUAACUCACCUCUCACUAACCUGGACAUGGACACCAUCACGCAGGUGCAGUCAUGGGUCCGAGAGCACGCUAGCUCCUCCCCCGUGACCCACUUUGAACACCGGGAGAAACUGGCAGAAUUUAUUCAUGAAGAGGAUUUUUUUUUAAAUAAAAAGAGAUUAAAACAUGACUUUCCCAUGAGGAUGAGAGAGUCACCUGGAGACUGGCGAGUGUCACGCGCACAGGGACCAGAGCGGGAAGCUGGUGACACGCAGACUAAGUCACUGCCUCAUUUUAACAGUGUGUGCUCAGUGUGUGUGUGUUUUUAUUUUGUUGUUAUUUCCAACUUCCAGAGAUCGGGACCCAAGAAAUGAGGAGCGACAGUUCAGUGUUUACAAUGUUUCCUGUCAUAUCAUCUUGACCCGAUUAAACUUUGCUUCACCAAAGGAGACAAAAAAAAAGAAAAUAUCUGUCAGUGACAAUUCAAGAAUCACUGUUUAAUUAUAAAUAAGAACUUUUCAUGUGUGUGUCUUGCAUUAAAUCCAUCUGGAUUUAAUUAUCUAACAGGCCCCCAUCACGUCAACGCCUGACAGUUGUUUUUGGUUUGAUUUCAGCAUUACCUCCUCUUUGCUCAGGUGUGAUGUGUAAGGCAGACUGACUGUGGAGAGUGCUGUACUUGGUGUCCCCUAAUCAGACUCCCUUCAUCUUCCUCAGUCUGUCUCUCAGCAGUGUGUGUGUGUGUGUGUGUUGAAGGAGAAGUGACACACACAGAGGCGUAUAUCAGCACUUUGGUCGCGUCAGAGUUAAUUGUGACCUCGAGUAACUCCAUGUGUCUCUGUUGGAGUGCGGCCGUUUAUUCCCACUGCCCGUGUUUCUGCUGGCAGCUCACUUUUAAUGAAAUCACACUCGACACGCACCAAGUGGACUCAGAGACCAGAGAACACUGUUGAAUUGGUUUUCUCUCGCAGAAAUUGACCGAGGACGCAAUCUGGCCUCAGCCCUGUAUUUCUUGAUAUAACAUUCUAUUUUUAUUCCGUCUUCUUCAUCUUCCAGGUGCCAUUUACUCAUCUCUAUGGACUUGAUUGCCAGUUUUAUAAAGCAGAAAACCCCUAAUGGGUAAAUCUGUCAAGUGUCAUUUAAAUGUACCACAAAAGGGUUACUUUGACAUUUAGUGAGGUCUUUUUUUUUUUGCAUCUUCGCCGGUUGUCCGCAGUAUCCACUGGUUUCAGGCUGGAAUGUUCACAGUAUUGUUGAGCUGCUGUUUGAUUAGCAGAGUGGCCCCUACUCGCAUUAUUACAUGUGCUCGUUGCAAGAAGAAGAAUGGACUGCGGGUUCAAAAUGUCAAAGUAUUUCUCAAAGAACUUGCAUCUCUUGACGGAUAAUGCCAGCCUUUUUGACAUUUGGGUCAUGUGUAAUUUCCCCCCAGGUGGCUCACACGCCUGCAGUGAAUCAGGAAAAUGGAGCUUAAGCAGCCACUAAAAGAGCUGUGUGGGAUAUAAAAUGCCCUAGCACCACUUUUCCAAAUGGUUUCCUCUUUGUGCCAUAGUGGUAUUUGCCCCUCGGAUGUUUACAUUCCCUUUUUCUUUUUAUCAUAUGUGAUCAUUUUCCAGGGUUGCAAGAAUUGCACGAUUCCAAUUUCCAUUUCAAAAGCCAAUCGAAUUUGAUGAAUAACCGCUUCAAUCUUUUAAAUGCACACAUAAAAUAUGUGUGACACCAAAACCACGUGUUCUCCUUGAUGACAUUAAAUCAAAAACACUGGUAUUGUCAGAGUUGGCUGUUUACAUAUGUACAGUAGAACACAGCAGAGUGUCUGGUCUAGUGUUGUCUGGAGAUUAUUAAAAAAAAAAAAUAAAAAAAAAAAUGUAUCCAGACAAACAUUGGUGGACAUUUGUGUUCUCACUUAAAACCCCUGUGGACAAUCUUUAGAAAAGUGUCCUGGAUUCGGUGUCUGAAAGCAGAUUGUGGGAAGACUGGUCUUCAUAUUGAAGAUCUCAUUUCAAAUUUUUUGGAAUAAUGAAUAGAUAAAAGUAUGUUUUGAUGACCAUCCUGUGUGUAGGCUAAUCUGUAUUCAGUAUUCAUAAUAAAGAUGCGCAGCAGUGUUUACCA